AUGUCCACCGCCCAGAUCGCCGCGCUCAGCACCGGCCAGGUGGCCGGGCCUGACCACGGCGACAUGGUCGCCCUGACCUCCGCCCAGGUCGCCGCGCUGAACUCCGCCCAGGCGGGCGCCCUGUCCACGGCCCAGCUCGCGGCCAUCGAGACGGGCGACAUCAAGUCGAUCACGACCGCCGCGCUGCGCAACCUCAGCUCCGACCAGCUCGAUGCCUUCACGAGCGACCAGCUGCGCGCGCUGUCGACCGGCCAGGUCAAUGCGCUGACGACCGCGCAGGUCAACACGCUCGGCACGGCCGACCUGAACAGCCUGUCCACGACCCAGUUCGCCAACCUCGCCACCGGCCAGGUCCAGGCGCUGUCCACCACCCAGCUCGCCAACCUCGGCACCGACAACCUCAACGCGCUGGGCACGGCCCAGUUCGCGGCGCUGUCGUCCGGCCAGUUCGGUUCGCUGACGACCGGCCAGCUGUCCAAGCUCGAGACGGCCGACCUGCGCGCCGUCACGACGGCCGCGCUGAACGCGCUGAGUUCCGCCCAGGUCGCCGCGCUGGCCAGUGACGCCGUGGGCGCGAUGACGACGGCCCAGGUCGCGUCGCUGGGUGCCAACCAGGUCGCGGGCCUGACGACGGCCGACAUGGUCGCGCUGACCUCCGCCCAGGUCGGUGCGCUGACCUCCGGCCAGGUCGCCAACCUGAGCACCGCCCAGAUCGCCGCGAUCGAGACCGGCGACAUCAAGGCCAUCUCGACCGCCGCGCUGCGCAACCUGUCCACCGCGCAGAUCGAUGCGCUGACCAGCGACCAGCUGCGCGCGCUGACCUCCACGCAGCUCAACGCGCUGACCACGACGCCGCAGUUCAGCGGCAUCACGACCAGCGACCUGAACUCGCUGAGCACCGGCCAGAUCGCCACGCUGUCGACCACCCAGGUCCAGGCGCUGACGAGCACCCAGCUGGCCAACCUCACCACCGACAACCUCAAUGCGCUGGGCACCGCCCAGUUCGCGACGCUGUCGUCCAGCCAGUUCGGCGCGCUGACGACCGGCCAGCUCGCCAAGCUCGAAACCAGGACCUGCGCGCCGUCACGACCGGCGCGCUGGGCGGCCUGA